AAUAUUCCCCUCAGUUAAUCUCCAGCCCUUAGUCACCGUGAUCGUCCCCUUGAUUUCGUCGCUUGUCCUUUGCGCCUUCUCUCUCUCUCUCUCUCACACACUCAUUCUUUCUCCCUUUCUAUCUCCCCCUUUAUCCAUACCCCCUUCCCCUGCACUCUCUCAGUACACGCGUCGCUGUCACCGAACGAACGUACGCCGAGGAGACACGUAUCGAUCUCGAUCGAGCGUUCCUCUCGUCCGCUCCGAGAAGCGUCCGCGGCCCUCUCUCCCUCUGUUUCACUCACUCUGAAUUCCUUCCCGUUGCGACGGGCGAGCGUAACGUCGUGUGACAUACGUUUUGGCGUUUGCGUUUAAAGGAACGUAAGACACGCACAUGAGCGAGAGGAUGAACGACAUGGAAGCCUACGGGGACGGAUACAUGGCACCGGAGGAGGAAUGGGAGAGGGAGGGUCUCCUGGACCCCGCCUGGGAAAAACAGCAGAAAAAGACAUUCACAGCGUGGUGCAACUCGCAUCUUCGCAAAGCAGGCACUGCCAUCGAAUCGAUCGAGGACGAUUUCAGGAAUGGGCUGAAGCUAAUGCUGCUGCUUGAGGUGAUCUCAGGCGAAACCCUGCCGAGACCUGACAGAGGCAAGAUGAGGUUCCACAAGAUCGCCAAUGUGAACAAAGCCCUCGAUUAUAUCGCCAGCAAGGGCGUAAAGCUGGUGUCCAUCGGCGCAGAAGAAAUCGUGGACGGCAACCUAAAGAUGACCCUGGGUAUGAUAUGGACCAUCAUCCUGAGAUUCGCGAUCCAAGAUAUCUCCGUGGAAGAGAUGACCGCGAAGGAAGGACUGUUGCUCUGGUGCCAACGCAAGACAGCGCCGUACAAGAAUGUCAACGUCCAGAAUUUCCACCUGUCCUUCAAGGACGGUCUCGCCUUCUGCGCCCUCAUCCAUCGUCAUCGGCCCGAUCUGAUCGACUACAACAAACUCAGCAAGGACAAUCCGCUGGAAAACUUGAACACUGCCUUCGAUGUCGCGGAAAAGUAUCUCGACAUUCCUCGCAUGUUAGAUCCCGAUGAUUUGAUCAACACUCCCAAGCCGGAUGAGCGAGCUAUCAUGACGUACGUGUCCUGCUACUACCACGCGUUCCAAGGUGCUCAGCAGGCUGAGACGGCGGCCAACAGAAUCUGCAAGGUACUGAAGGUGAACCAGGAAAAUGAGCGGCUUAUGGAGGAGUACGAGCGGCUGGCUUCCGAUUUGCUCGAAUGGAUACGACGAACAAUGCCGUGGCUCGCGAAUCGACAGACUGACAAUUCCCUCGCCGGCUGUCAGAAGAAGCUGGAGGAAUACAGGACAUACCGGCGCAAGCACAAGCCGCCGCGUGUCGAACAGAAAGCCAAGCUGGAAACGAAUUUCAAUACGCUGCAAACGAAGCUGAGGCUGAGCAACAGACCAGCGUACAUGCCCACGGAAGGGAAGAUGGUGUCCGACAUCAAUAAAGCGUGGAAAGGCCUGGAGCUGGCCGAGAAGACGUUCGAGGACUGGCUGUUGUCGGAGAUGAUGCGUCUCGAGCGAUUGGAACAUCUGGCGCAGAAGUUCAAGCACAAGGCGGACGCCCACGAAGAGUGGACCGCGGGCAAGGAGGAAAUGCUCACGUCCCAACAUUUCCGUCAGUGCAAGUUGAACGAGCUGAAGGCACUGAAGAAGAAGCACGAGGCCUUCGAGUCGGACCUCGCGGCCCACCAGGAUCGCGUGGAGCAGAUCGCAGCUAUCGCUCAAGAACUCAACACUCUCGAGUAUCACGACAGCGCAUCCGUGAACGCCAGGUGCCAAAGCAUUUGCGACCAAUGGGAUCGCCUGGGUACGCUCACCCAACGCAGACGUCAGGCCCUCAACGACGCCGAACGUAUACUGGAGAAGAUAGACGUCAUGCACUUGGAGUUCGCCAAACGGGCCGCUCCGUUCAACAACUGGUUGGAUGGAACCAGGGAAGACUUGGUGGACAUGUUCAUCGUGCACACGAUGGAGGAGAUUCAGGGUCUGAUGGACGCCCAUGCCGCGUUCAAGGCGACCCUCGGUGAAGCGGACAAGGAGUUCAACUCGAUUGUGUCGCUGGUGCGCGAAGUCGAGUCCAUAGUCAAGCAAUACCAGAUCCCUGGCGGUCUAGAAAACCCUUACACCACUCUCACCGCGAUGGAUCUUAACAAGAAGUGGAGCGACGUCAAACAAUUGGUGCCUCAGCGUGACGGUACCUUGGCAGCUGAACUUCGCAAGCAACAAAAUAACGAACUGCUGAGACGACAGUUCGCGGAGAAAGCCAAUGUCGUCGGGCCAUGGAUAGAACGCCAACUGGACGCGGUCACUGCUAUUGGCCUCGGUCUUCAGGGAACUCUGGAGGAUCAACUGCAUCGUUUGAAAGAAUACGAACAGGCGGUGUACCAAUAUAAGACCCAUCUCGAGGAGCUGGAGAAGAUCCACCAAGCGGUCCAGGAAGGCAUGAUCUUCGAGAAUCGGUACACUCAGUACACCAUGGAAACACUGCGCGUCGGUUGGGAGCAACUGCUGACCUCGAUCAAUCGUAACAUCAACGAAGUCGAGAAUCAAAUUCUCACCAGAGACUCGAAGGGCAUCACCCAGGAACAAUUGAGCGAGUUCCGCAGCAGCUUCAACCACUUCGACAAGAACAGGACGGGCAGAUUGGCGCCGGACGAGUUUAAGUCCUGCCUUGUCUCCCUGGGAUAUUCCAUCGGCAAGGACAGGCAGGGCGACAUCGACUUCCAACGAAUCCUGGCCAUCGUCGACCCCAACAACUCGGGCUACGUGCACUUCGACGCCUUCCUGGACUUCAUGACGCGCGAGUCGACCGACACCGACACGGCGGAACAAGUAAUCGACAGCUUCCGCAUUCUCGCUGGAGAUAAGCCUUACAUCUUGCCGGAUGAAUUGAGGAGAGAAUUGCCGCCGGAUCAGGCGGAGUAUUGCAUUCAGCGAAUGCCUCCGUUCAAGGGACCGAGCGCCGUCCCUGGGGCUCUGGACUAUCGUUCCUUCUCGACGGCUCUCUACGGCGAGUCCGAUCUGUAAAAUCGAGCGUAAAUCGAAAAAAAAUAUCGACAAAGAAUAGGAUCGGUUUCAACGUUUCGCCAGUCGAUCGGCGAAGACGAGCGAUGCCUAAAAGUUUUCUUCUAGGGUUCAGGUACUCCGAUGCAUCAACGUAUUUUCAUAUGGCGAUACGAUUUAAGAAAAAACGCUCAGUAUGAGAGAGUACAAUACGAUAUCAGUCAUUACGCUAAUACUAAUAAUUGUACGUGCGCGUACAUCGCGUGUCCGCGUGAACGCGAGCGCUCUUGCGAGAGAGUUCGAGGAAGAGCGGGGCGUGGGAGGAGGGAGGGGGGGCGUGGUCUUUUGAGAGCCGCACGUGUCACGAACGAAACGUCGGUGGGCUUAGUAAGAAAUACGCGAUGUCAUUUUAACGCAAAGGGAUCUUGUUAAGGUGCCGUACGUCUGAGAGAAACGGUAGAUUCCGACCGUUCGUAGGUAGGGAAAUUACUCUUCCGCACAAAAUGGAAAGCACAUAUCAGAUACGUACAGAGGGUGAGGGAGGAAGAGAGAAAAAAAAAUGAACGGUUCGUACUUACAUGAGUCUGUUACGAAGCGACAAUAACAAAUAUCGUAAAAUGCAGAUGCCUUUCGUUAAAAGGAUAGAAACGAAGCGUAAACUAAUAUAACAUGAAGUUCGAAAUUGAUAUACUCUUCUAGAACGUUUGCUACAUGUUUAUUCUUCUAUACGUAUAUUUUUAUGUAGUUUACCUUGUGGAUGAGACAGUUUUUGGAUUUUCAUUCUUCUCUGCGGGACUGUUCGGAAGGUAAGUGCCAACGUUUAAAUUAAGAGGAUCUUGAUCGACGUUCCUUCCCGCGAGCGGAAAGGGAUCUCGGGCUGUGCUCGGAACCGGCGACCCAAUGCUAAAAGGGAGAAGAGCCUACGUAAUUGGGUAUGCGCGCAAGUUAGUGAGUGCAUUGAUACUGGAGGCUUGCCGAAUUAUUGUACUAUUUCCUCUAUAUAUAUUUAUUCUAAAGACCUCUAUAUUAUCUACAUUUUGUACGGUCAUAGUGGAAGAUAUAUAUAGAUAUAUUUUUUGACUUGUGAUUUUUACCAUUGACGUGAUAUCGAUUUUAGAGAUGUCUCCCUCAAAUUGGAUUUUUCCGAUACGAUUUGUAAUUGCAGCCCAAACGUUCGUAAACUCUAAGUUCAUCUCAGGCGCGCUUCCUUCA